UCUUAAUGGUUAGCAUCACAACUUCACAAAUGUCGGGGAAAUAUUUUAUGGUUGUUGCAUAAUUAUGAUGUGACGUCAGAAUCAGAUGCACUAUAUACUACUGUUAUACGAUUCUAGCUGCGGUUAUGUUGGCUUGUUGAGUUGUCUGUACAGUGAAUGGAUAUGUUUACAUUAAGUGAGUCGUAAAAGUAGUAAAUCUAUAACAUUUGGAGUAACAUAAUUUGGAGUUGAACUUGCAGAAGUAUCGAUAACGACAACAAAUGUUCCUGUCAAAGAUCAUGUUUCUCAGAAAUAUUGUAGCUGGUGUCCAAUAUGAAUCAAAACACGUUGGUAAUCUUACGCGUAAAUUUCUACAAAGUAGCACAUCACAAUUCUCAACAACUAUACAACAUGUGCAACAAGAUUCAACUAAGGAAGAGUCAUCCUUACUUAACAGCACGGGUACACCAGAUAAAUUGUAUAAGAAGAUUGAAGUUGAGGUCAGAGGGAAUGAUCCAGCUGUAUUAAAGAGUUAUGGAAUGUUUGCAGUAAUGGCUGCAGAUCAUUUAAAAAUCAAUGUAGCUAGAAACACAGCACCACGUAAGGCUAUUCAUGAACGAUGGACAGUGUUGAAAUCAGCUCAUGUACACAAGAAACAUCGCGUUCAAUAUGAAAUCAGAACUUAUUAUCGUUACCUCGACUUUUUGAAACUAACUGGAUCUACAGCAGAUACUUUUUUAGAAUAUUUACAAAGGAAUUUGCCAGAAGGAGUGGCGAUGAAAGUAACCAAGAUUGAAUUGGAAAAGUUACCAGAGAGCAUAGCUGCAAUGUCUCAAACGUAAUAUAAAUAACUGUGAGCAAUUUUUUGUAUUGUAGAACUUAUAUUGUAGAUGCUCGAUAUAAAUUAUAUAAAAAAUCUA